AAGAACAAAAAGGGAGACAAGACGACACCUAAGAAAGAAGAAGAGGAAAAAUGGAAGAACCCAAAAAGUUACCGAAGCAGCAAUCCAAGGAUCCUUUCGAAGCGGCCUUCGAGGAAGAGCAAGAACAAGAUCAAGACGAAGAUGAAGAAGACCUUGGUGGAGCUGGUGCUGGUGCUAGUGGUGCUACUACAGCUGUUCCUCGUGACGACGAUGACAGGGAUAGAGAUGGAGAUAGAGACAGAAACAGAGAACCGUCUUCUUCAUCCAUGGCAUUGACUACUGCCCCGCCACCACUUCCUCGGAAGAAGAGAGAAGAUGAUGACGAGGAAGAGGAGGAGAAUGUGGAAGUUGAGCUCGAAAAGUUUCCUUCUGCCUCCGACCCUCAUAAAAUGGCCAAGAUGCAAGCUAUUCUCUCCCAAUUCUCCGAGGAACAGAUGAGUCGAUACGAGUCCUUCCGCAGAGCUGGAUUUCAAAAAUCUAACAUGAAAAGGUUGUUAGCUAGCAUCACUGGAACCCAGAAAAUAUCUGUGCCUUUGACCAUUGUUGUCUCUGGUAUUGCAAAGAUGUUUGUUGGUGAACUUGUUGAAACGGCUAGAAUGGUUAUGACUGAGAGGAAAGAAUCUGGACCAGUGAGGCCUUGCCACAUUAGAGAAGCUUAUAGAAGGUUAAAGAUGGAAGGGAAAGUACCAAAGAGAUCUGUUCCAAGGCUCUUUCGCUAGCUUGCCACAGCUCCUUCUUUAGGUUUUACCACUAUUGUAUGCUAAUGCUUUACUUUAGGUUCUUUUGAUACUCUUGUACUCAUGUUUCUUUGUCAUUUAAUCAAUAGUAGUACUGAAAACUGCAAUAUGAGAAAAAAAUGAAAAAGAAUAUAGAAAAACUCUAUUCUUUUGCAAAGUUUUAUGUUUGCACAUCACAUGGAUUGGAAGCCAUGUAAUUGUUCUUCAUAAAACGGAGGCAAACAAAGCUUGUUGUGGUUGAAUUUUCUUCUCAGUGCUUGAACAGCUUUUUAGUUGUCACGAGGAAUAUAUUAGUGGAGUUAGGUAAGGCAAUGAUACAAAUGCUGUAUAUCAUAUAUGUAAAUGCAGAAGUAGAAGAAAAGAAGAAUGUUUGUUUGUAGAA